AUGUCUUCCACCAACAACAACAACGGCAAAGGCAAAGGCACUUUCCCCAAGGAAGGUUUACCUAUCACCUUUAAACAAGGUAGUCAUUCACGUAGAUCCGCCGAUUUAGUGGCAGGCCAUCCAAAAACGACGGGCAGCUCUACAAAAACUUCUCAGGCCAGCUCUUCAAAACCUUCGGUUCAGAUAAGAGACGACUCCGAAUCUAAUUCUGAUAGGAGGGAGGAAGCCAGAAGGGGUGCUUACAAGGACCUCACAGGGCGUUAUCCAAGCAGCUCCGAUUCUGAUAAGAAAGAGAAGGAGAAGGGGAAGGCGAAGGCGAAGAAAUAA